GCUCUCUCCUUGCGCGCACUUGGAUUCAUCAUCUCUCCAUUCGCGUGCCUAAACCUCCACGCACCACCACUCAUCUCUUCCUGUCUUUUACUUUUUUGCGGGGGGUGUUUUAAGUUUAUGAAGGCAACGGAAAUUCAGUCAGUAUCCUGUUAGAGACAGAGUCCUUCAUAUUCGUAAAAAAGAGCGAUUACAGACCGUGUUUCUUUUUUCUUUUCUUUUCUUUUCUUUUCUUUUUCCGGAACGAGGACCUGUUCGUCCGGAAUGAUUAAACCUUUCUUCACAUGAACAAGUCUGAGAAAUGUCUUUACCCUUGGACAACACCGUCAGCAUCUCUGCCAUGAUGCACAGACAAAAACAAGCGAGUCUUUGUGUCCUUCUGACAGUAACUGGAUUGACAAGAACUCAAAGAUCUCCAAGUGCUUAAUACCAUUUACUCCUUUAUUGACACAAACAUCCGCCACUUAGGAGCCUGUUCAUCCGCCACUCUUUCAUCUUUGUGCUGCCACUGAGAAGCUCCUUCCUCUUGCCUUUUGACCCCUGUUGCAAUGGAGAACCUGAGUGAGCUCCAGAACCCACUGCUGGACAAAAACACUAAGCACAUGGUCAACGGUUAUGGGGGAGAAUUCCCAAAUAACCAGUACCAAGAAAACAUUAUUAAUUACUUUGCUGGAGGAGGAGGUGGAGGAGGUGAGGGUGGUGGAGGAGGAAAAGUCAAUAACAGCAAUGUAGUGAGCGGAGGAGGUUACAAUACCAAUGGGAAGAUGAAAUCUCAGCAGUUUCUGGAUGCCACCUCACUGCAUCUGGCUGUAGAGGCCUUCUACAGGCCUAACUUCAUCCUGUACAAGGAGGACAGUGGCAGCAUCAAGGCUAAGGAAUACAAAAGUGAGUGCUGUGAGACCACCUUUACAGAGAAAAAGGCAAAAGAUGUCUCCGGCACAGAGGGAGCAGAGACGCCCAGCACAGAGGAUCCUCAGAACAAGCUGCUGGAGGACGGUGAGCACGUCAAGAUCCAAACGGUUUCUUACGAGGUGGAGGAGGAGGAGUAUGUGGAAUAUGAGACGGACUGCUCCAGCGACAGCGAGAGUGAAGAUAACUUCAUAGUUGUCCCUCCACGAGACCACCUUGGCCUGGCCAUAUUCUCCAUGCUCUGCUGUUUCUGGCCAUUGGGCAUUGCAGCCUUUUACUUCUCACAAGGGACCACCAAGGCAGUGAACAAAGGUGACUUCCCACUGGCCAACAUCGCCUCCCGGAGGGCUUUGUUCCUUGCUGCCCUCUCCAUCACUAUAGGCACCGGUGUGUAUGUAGGGGUGGUGGUAGCUCUCAUUGCCUACCUCUCAAAACCAGGACACAUAUAGCAGAAGCACCCUCCUUUCAAACAUCUCCAGGGAGUCUAGGAGGAGAACAAGCCCCUCUGGGGAACAUCACUGCACCUGCAGACUCUGAGGAAAGUUUUAUGGGGAUGUACAGUUUUCUUCCCUCCACCCUUCUUUGUUUCCUGCGUUCCCUCUCUCUCUCUCUACAGACCAUAUGUCAGCCAAGAUUAGCCACAAUGACUGAAGAGGGGUCAAGCUACAGUGCAAGAAAAGAGGGACUGGGGACAAGUUUUUUCCUUUAUUUAUGUAUUUAUUUAUUUAUUGUUUGACACAGAGGAUGUUGGUAAUGGAGGGAUUCCAUGUUGGAUUUUAAUUCCAUUUACUUAAACCAUGUUGGCUUUGUCUUCUUUUGGCUGGUUUGUAGCUUCCAAGGCCCCUACAGUAACUUUGAAGAGAAAAAAAGGACUUGAUAAUGUACUAAACUCAUCUGAUUGUUAGUAAUGAGAUUAAGGAAGGCUGAAAAUCAACUUAAAUCCACUUCUCUGUUAUAUUUUGUGCUGUUGUUUAAAAUGGAGCCUCUCUAUGGAGUCUUGCUGCCUUCAUCAACACACAACACCCGGACUACAUAUGUCUCAGACUGGCUCCCUCACAGUGGAGGUUAAAAAAAAGCUUUUCAUUAACAUUCAGUGUUGAAUUGUGAAAAAUUGAGGCUUUGUCAUGAUUUAAAUCCAGAGAAAUGUAGGAUUUAAAAAAAAUACAGAACUUUUGAUAUUAAAUUAAUAAACCUGUAAGGUGAAAAAAGCUCAAAUGUUAUUAAGAAUACAAGAUGUUUUGAUCUCUUUAAAUAAUUUCUGCACUGGCAUGAAUUGCAAGAAUUUUUUUCACAGGUGUCCAUCAACAGAAACAUGCCUGAUGAAUGCCUGAGAACUAAAAAAAAAAAACAUCUCAUGCAGACAUGGUUUGCCUACAAACAUGAAAAUGUGUUUUUUUUGUUUGUUUUUUUUUAUUUAUUUUUAGACGUCUUUAUGUGUUCCUUUUGAUGUCUGAAGGAAUUUUCACUAACCUCACUUUAAGGAAUGUAAAAGCACAAGUGUGAGUUGCUGAGAUGGUCAAAAAUUCAGUGCAAAUAGUGUCCAGUUUCUCCGAAAGAAAGAUGCAAAAUUCUGCACCUUAUACCAUGAAAUGAAGCAUCAAACAUUCACAAUGAAUGAGGAGAUAAUAAAUCAGGUUGAUGGUGUCAUUAAAAAGCAGACCUUCCAUAUCCUCCAGGGCUGCACAAAUAAACAAAAGUGUCGCCGUCUGACAGCUUUGAAGUUUGCUCUAAUCAUUUAUUCUGUUCAUGAGUCUAGCUAUACCAACAGUAAACCGUGAUGCAUGAUGGAUUGGAUUUAGACCUUGUUUUCAUCAGAUCAUAAAACAGCUCAAAUUAAAAUUGAUCAGACUUUGAAGGGGCUCAUAUUUUGCACAAUGCUUAAUCCCACAUCCCUCAUUCCAGCUUGAAAAGGACUUAGCGAUCUCCGUUUGUUCCUUCAUGUUUUCAAGAAGUCAUGCAAACACUUUUGACUUU